GGCUUUAUUUUGUUGAUAAGAUCAAGAAUUAGGGCUAGUUUGUUUUCGGCACAAUCUCUAUGUUCGAGGUCUUGGAAUAUUUUUCCUCUUGUUUAUGACCCAAAAUCGUGUAGUUAUAUUCAUAUUUCUAGCCCGUAAUCAGUUCUGUCUACGCAAUAAGUUUACCAUUAAUAUAGGUACUACGUAGAAGACAUUACAAAGAGCAUAAUAGCCCAGGGGAGUCGCAUCUUGGACUGGAAUUCUGGGGGAAGUGGCGACCCCAAGCGGAGGGCAUCCCGGGUAUCGUUAUCAGUCCAAUCCAGUCCACCAUCUGCCCAGCUCUCAGCCCCUCGACCCCCCCGCUGAGAUCGAGGAGGAGAGCUGGCUGGUCGACAGCGAAUUAGUUGCAAACGAGACGGAAAGCCGAGUGGUUCGCAAUAACUAGACACCGCUUCAUAAAUAUCACACUCCCACGAAUCACUCAGCGAGUUGUAUUAUCACUAAGCCCCUCAAGUUACACUCGAAGUCGGAGAUUGGAGAUCCUUUCCUGCAAUGAGCACCCUGGCAUUGCUGGCCUUUGUCCUUUGGGCCUUAUUUCUGCGCUAUUUGCCGCAGAUCCUUAACUUUUUGCGGCUCCAAAGAUUCGCCAAGACGCUGCCAGGACCUUCGGUGGGCGAACUAAUAGCGAAUGUCAAAAAGGGUGAGAUCCUCAACUGGCUGAAGGAGCUGAGGGAGCGACAUGGCUCUGUUUUUCGCAUUUGGUUCGGCAAGGACCUAAUGGUCAUGUUCACCGAUCCGGAGGACAUCAAACAGCUGCUGGGCAACAACACGCUCCUGUCCAAGUCCAAGAACUACGAGCUCCUGGAGCCCUGGCUGGGCAAGGGUCUGCUGACCAAUGGCGGUGAGUCCUGGCAUCGUCGCCGCAAGCUCCUGACGCCGGGCUUCCAUUUCCGCAUCCUUGGGGAGUUCAAGGAGCCCAUGGAGGAGAACUGCCGCAUUCUGGUGCGUCGCCUCAGGGAGAAGGCCAACGGGGAGUCCUUUGACAUUUAUCCCUACAUCACCCUCUUCGCCCUGGAUGCCAUCUGUGAGACGGCCAUGGGCAUCAAGAAGCAUGCCCAGCUCCAGAGUGAUUCCGAGUACGUUCGGGCGGUGCAAAAGAUCUGCCGCGUAAUGCACAAGCAAAGCUUCUCGUUCUGGCAGCGCUUGAACAUCUUCUUCCGGCACACCAAGCCGGGCAAGGAGCGCGAGGCCGCUCUGAAGGUGCUCCAUGACGAGACGAACCGUGUCAUCCGGCUGCGCAGGGAGCAGCUCAUCCAGGAGCGCGCCGAAUCCCGGCCAGAGGCCGAGCAGGACGAUGUGGGCGGCAAGCGGCGAUUGGCCUUCCUGGACAUGCUUCUCCUGAGUCAAAUGGAGGGCGGGGCCGAGCUGAGCGACACCGAUAUCCGCGAGGAGGUCGACACCUUCAUGUUCGAGGGCCACGACACCACCAGCUCGGCGAUUGCCUUCACCCUCAGUCUGCUGUCCAAGCACGAGGCCAUCCAGCAGCGGGCCUUCGAGGAGGUCGCCGAGCUGGAGGGCAGGGAGAAGGAGCCGAUGCCCUACUUGGAGGCGGUGAUCAAGGAGGCGCUGCGCAUCUACCCCUCGGUGCCGUUCUUCUCCCGCAAGGUCAUGGAGGAUCUGCCCGUGGGCAAGCUGACGGUGCCGAAGGGUGCCUCCGUGUCCUGCCUCAUCUACAUGCUGCACCGGGAUCCCGCCAACUUUCCGGAUCCGGAGCGCUUCGAUCCGGAGCGUUUCCUGCUCAACGAGAAGCAAAUGCAUCCGUUUGCCUUUGCCGCCUUCAGUGCGGGUCCCAGGAACUGCAUAGGUCAAAAGUUUGCUAUGCUGGAACUGAAGACCUCUCUGUCCAUGCUGCUGCGAAGCUAUCGAUUCCUCCCAGACGAGAGUCAUCAUCCUCUGCCCCUGGCCGAGUUGGUGACGAAGAGCGGCAAUGGAAUUAGACUUCGAAUUGUGCCACGGGACUAGAUGUAUAAUAUUUUUUAUAUAUAUUUUUUUUAUUAUAAAUAAUACUUUCGCUCAUUCAUUUCAUUUCUAGCAAGCAGGUCUUAGCAUUUUGUAUAAAACAUAUUUUGCCUAGCUUUAUAUUCUUUUGUUUCAUAGAAUGGAAAGAUCUGAAGAGUUCUGUAAUUAUUAAUACGAGAAAAACCCAUUUGCUGAUCUGUA